CAGAGGAACUAUUGUAUUCCAGCUGGGACUACAGUAGUCGGCCAUCAUUGGUCUAUCUCUCGAGACCCAGACGUCUUUCCGGAACCUCAUGCGUUCAAGCCCCAGCGCUGGAUUGAUGACCAAGGUCGCCUUAGGGACGAUCUUAACUUUUCUGUCUUCGGGUUUGGUCGUUGCAUAUGCCCCGGUCAACACGUCGCGACC